ACCUCCGAAAUGCCAAAUGUGGAAUCAAAACAAAGCCAACCAAGUCGAUGGUGAUAAUUGGAAUAAUUCUACUCUGGACUUCUAAGACUCUGGAUAGUCAACAUCUUAAAAAUGAGAAAGUAAGCCUCUGAGUAUGGGGUCGCAAACAUAGGAGGAUACGUUCUUCCCCGCUAAAAUAGAAGAAUUUAAAUAAUACUAAAGAAUAAAGCGAAAGGAAACGCAUUGAUGCAAAGGCGAGUAUUAUCAGUACAAAAUACCAACGAUUCUUAUAUAGUGACUAUUGAAAGCAGCAUUGUUGGCCCUUGAUUGCAGUUGUUACACAACAUGAGUGGUACUAGUAGUGUUCCAGGUGGUGUAGUAGUGUCUCCAUCCCCUGUGUCUUCGCACGCGCAAUCGAAACAGGUACAACAGCAUCUGGUUAACGAGAUCCCCGUUCCUGCCAGCUACAUAGCCAACUGCCGGCUCUGCUUGGGUACACAUUUUGGAUCCAGAUGUACAACCAUUAUUGAAGCACCGUUAAUCAACAUGAUGAGACAGGUAUUCCCAGUGAUGAUAGCGAACCGGGUAGGUCUUCCGAUGAAUGUAUGCACCGAAUGCGUAAAGACGGUGGAGGCAUUUUACAUCUACAGCAGACAGGUGUUGGAAAAUCAGAACAAGUUGUUAGCAACCUUGCCGGAUGUAAUACAUCCGGUUCAAAACAAUGAUGAUGUGGAAUGUAGAGAAAAUCCGGUCCCAAUCCGAGAUACACAAGAAAAACAUCUUCGAGAGGAACAAGAGGUUCCGAUUGAUACGGAUUUGUUGAUAAAAAUAGAAAAAGACGAUGAACAAGAAGGUUCCGAUCCAUUGGCAACUACUGAAGAUAUUUUAUUCGAUGUCAUCGACGAAAUUCCCAAUUUCAUGCUGGAAGAAGAGGCAGCAAAUCGAAUCGAGCCAAACUCUGGUGCUGGAAUGGACUCACUAUUGAAGGAAACAACAAACCCACUCGAGAUAAACCCUGAUGCUGGGAUCAACUUACAAUUGGAGGUUAAGGAAGAAAUGUUAAUAGACCUGCCGUCUGAUAGCGUCGAAGAAAGCGAAACACUGGCGCAAGAUCCACUUUCCAAGGCGCAGCCGAAGAAACAACCUAAACGGAAUGUUCCAACAAAAUGUAGAUUUUUUGAUCGUCCACUUAACUUCUGUCCAGUGCAUAGUAUCUGGUUUGAACUCAAGCAAAUAAGUAGCGAAUCGGAGCUAAUAGAAAUGAACCGUCGAUUAAAAGACGAUAAAUUUAUGCAGCAGCUGAUAAACUGCUUGCAACAUAUAACGGAAGAAUCAAUUUCGGUUCACUUGAUGAAUAAGUCGAUGGACAUUCUGUUUGACGUGGACUUCCUUGCAUCAUGUGACUGGCGCGAUCGGGAGGGAAAAAUACCUCUGCAACAUCAUUUGAAAAUUCAUGAUCUGUUCAAUAGGUUGGGUGCGCCGAAAGGAAAGAAAUUGGCAGGUAAAAUCCAGAGCUUCUUUAUCGUGAAAAUUCAACUCGCAAGACGACGAGCUCAAGAAUCAUUAGAAGCCGAAUUCCAGAGCGAUGAAUUGUCAUCAGAGGACCAAGUGGAGGCGAUCCUACGCAAUCUGGCACCUACAAUUGGAGGCUACAACCUACAAGCUCAAGAUUCUACUUUCGCACACCGAUUGAAGAAACGGCGUAGAAUUCAUCCAUCGGUGCGAGAAGUUCUUAUUCAGGCACGUAAUAAUUGUUGUCCACUGAAACUCAAGCAAAUUAGAAGCCUUCCAGAGCUCAUCGAGUUUAAUCGUCGACUAGAAGAUGAAGAGUUUACGAAGCAAGUCAUAAAGUAUUUGCAGUACGAGGCGAAAGAACCCAGGGCAGAUCUCCUGAUGAAUAAGUCGUUGGACAUGUUGGUAGAUAAGCAUUUCUUUGCAACCUGCAACUGGCGUGCAGAUGAUCGAAACUCUUUGAAGCAACAUUCAAAGUUUCUGGAGCUAUUCGGUAGGUUGGGUGCUUCGGAAGGAACAAAACUGCCAGGAAUUAAAGUUGCUGCUUAUUUUAAACAUCGCCUUACCUAUGUAAAACAACGAGUAAAGUUUUACAAUCCGUCAACCGUUAACGGUGAUACAGAACUUUACGAAGAGAACAUUUUGCGCGAUAGCAUAGGUGAUACACCGUGUACAAGUGUAGAAGAAAGUGUAGAACAAGCUCAGGAUACAGAUUUCAGAAAUGUACAAAAGAAACGUAAUAUCAAAGCACCAAUGCGAUUUGUUCGAUUCAAUUCGGGUGCAAGUAGCUGCAAUGUACCUGCAAAACUCGAUCUCAGGCAAUGUACCAGCGAACUAGAGAUAGCAGAGCUUAAUCGUCGACUGGAAGACAAAGAGUACAUGAAGCAUAUCGUCAGUUACAUACAGUUCGAAACGGGAGAGUCAAGGCCAGAUCGUUUGAUGAAAAAAUCUUUUGACAUUCUGUUUCACAGACGCUUCUUUGCCGGUGUAUGUUGGACCGGAAAAGGUGAAAAAAUAGCUUUCAAACACAAUUCAAAUAUACUAGAACUGUUUGCAAGGUUAGGUGCGUCGAACGGCCUAAAUGCAUCAUCAGAACAAGUAAGAAAGUUUUUUCAUAUUAGAUGUAAAAACGCCGUGAAACUGGUUACAGGGAAACGUAGUGGUUGAUGGGAAAAGUAAAUAAAACAUAUAAAAUCAUAAAAUCAUUA